UACUGCAGUUCAUUUUCGACUUGUUGAUCUCUAAACAUCCACAUGGAGUUGGAGCGUAAUUGUGGGGGAUUGUGUUAUAUUUCAUAUUUUAUUUAAUAUUUUCUACAAUUUACACUGCAUGUUAUUGAAUUAAAGCAGCAUUAUAAAAUGGCUAAAAGACUGCAAGAAUAUGUUAAAUAUACCAUCAAAGAGUUGGAUGAAUAUGUUCAAACGGAGGGAUCAUGUGUCCAUAAAGUAAACACAAACCUCCACUUAUCCAUGGGACCAUUCUGUUUGGCUGACUUCAAACAUGUUCUGAUGGCCCAUAUUGUACGCAGCAAAGUAGGCAGUUAUGAUGUCCAAUUGAAUGGCAUUGUGUUGGAUGUGAAAAAGGUGAAGGUAUUGGGUAAUACAGGCGCCCUGAGAGCAGACGAUCCAAGAAUUCAUGUUGAUAUCAAUGCUGACGUUUAUUUGUUCAAGCCCACCGAGGGAGCCAUACUGACGGGCGUAGUUAAACACAUUGCUGCCCAACAUGUUGGUGUGGUGCUGUAUCGGGUGUUCAAUGCCAAUCUGAGAGUGGGCCACAAAGUGAAUAAAGACAAAAUACAAAUGGAACAAGAAGUCAAAUUUCGCAUAAAUAAAUAUAAUUUACAAAAUGUGUUUCCCUAUAUCGAUGGGGAACUGCUGACGGCGGAUGGAGAAGUAAUGAAGGGGAAGAAAAUCUCCUAUAAAGACAGUGAAUAUGAUAACGGCGAUUCGGGUAUAGAAGAGAAGGAGGGUAUACAAGAAUUAGAUGAAUUAAUAUCACUUAUAAAAACCGAAGAACCAGAAAUUACGGAACAAAAUAUUAGCGCUACAAAGAAACCAUCGAAAAAGUCAAAGAAAAAUGCCGCCGAAAAUGAAACAGAUGAGAUUAGUGAAACACCAACAAAAAAAUCUUCCAAGAAACGGAAAAUCUCUACCUCUCUAAAUUCAUCUGCUGCGGAAUCUAACUCAGAUGAAGCCAAUAUAUUAACGCCGAAAAAGAUUAAAAAAGAAAAGGUGAAAAGCGAGGAUGAAACUUCUGCGUCUCCAGCGAAGUUGUCACAUCCUAUUAAACAAGAAAGUUCAGAUUCAGAUGACUGACACCGAAGCACAACGUUUAUUAGUUUUAUUUUAAUAUUUUUUAAGUUUUAAAGUCAGUGUUUAAAAAUGUAUAUUUUUACUUUUUUUGCAUUCAGUACAAAUGUUGAAUAUGUAUGCCUGCAUACAGUAUAAUA